UACAUGUCAUUCGGCCAACAAAUACAAUAGAUAAACCGCAAGCAAUUCGUUGGAAAAAAGCUGUUGUCAAACCAACUGCUCGUCAUUUCAUUUCUAGACAACACAAGUCCAGUAUCUUUGUCGUUUUGUCCAUUUUUAAUUUUGUUCCACAUUUAAUUCGCAAGCAUGUUUCCCUCCACGGUCAAGAUAAAUGGUGAAGUUAGGAAUGUCAGGUGUUUUAUAACAGAUCCGGUAAACCACCAACACUUCAUCGACGUAGAAAGUGUUAUAAUGGAUCCCCCCAAGGAACCAGUACGCAGAGAAUUAAAUGACGCAAUUUUUGCACGAGUGAGGCAAUUUCCAGACAACAUCGUUGGUGCCACAUUAGAAGUUACUACCGGUCAAUACAGUUAUAUUUGGAAACCUGAUAUUGGGUGUUCUUCCGACUCUGAAUCCAUAAACACAUCAUGUAGUGAAGAAUCAAUAUUCGAAGAAGGAAAUCCAGCUAGAAAACGUUCGUUUAAUAACCGAAUAUUGUCGAUUGUGCAGAAAAUCGACGAGAGAGUAAGUGAAUUCCGUGCUGAAUUGGACAAUCAGCUAAGGGCUCUUCUUGACGAUAAUGAGAGGGGAAGGGCUUGGCAAGAUCGUUUAAAUACGGUUUUAACACUGCUUACCGAAGAAAUGGACCUACAUUGAGUUGCACAUGCAGACUACAAAUUAGCUUCACAAUUACUAAAUUUUUAAUUCACCUCACACAAGUGAACGGCACAUAUUCGCACUUAUUUUAUAUAUAUUUUUUUUUUAUUAAGCAUUCUUUAAUUACAACUUUUAAGUUUUAUUGUUUUCUGUAUAGCAAACAAUGUAAUUUUCAAAAUAUUACUUUUUCCCCAUUUUCAUUAUUUUGAUUUAUUUGCACUUUUUUGUUUGUAUUUUUUCUCCAUAUUAUUUGUAAUUGUUUAUACAGUAUGUGUGUAUUUAACUUGAACGACUUA